GGUGAGAUCCCUUCAGUCUCGGCUCGAACUCGGGGGGUGAACAGUGGGGUGAGGGCGAGAGUGGUUUGAGGACGAGUCAAGGACGGUUUCAGGAGCUUCAUCAUCACACAGGAUAUCUCUUGAAACAGACACGAUGAAGCUGACUGCCGUUCUCGUGCUGUCCCUGGCCGCUGCGGCGUGUGCCGACACCUCCUAUCAGAACUUCCAGACCUACACUGACCAUGCCAACCAGGCCAGCUCAAACUAUUACGACCACCGACCUGCCAGGCGGAGCAGCAAAGGAGUCAUCGGACUCAUCCAGCGACUGUUUAAUCCGAUCCGGCGCCAGGACUUGAGCGGAGCAAGCAGCGCUCUUCCUUUGGUGGGCGCCGCCCUCCUGGUCGGCGCGGCUGUGAUUGGCGUCUCCUUCUACGCAUCAGUCUACAAUAACUCGGGCCGUGGCCUGGACACGGACGAGUGGGAGGUGGACCACUCAGUCUGGAUGAGCCAGCUCCAGAAGGACUUUGAGGAUUCGUGGUCCCAAGAGUGAUCGCGUUGUGAAAUAGAAGUUGUAAGUGACCGGAAAUCAACAAUUGAUAAGUGGUUGAAGGUAUGCGGAAGUUGAUAUUUUGCGCCGUUACUGUUGACUUACUGCUGGGUUUAGACUGUUGUUACUGUUGGUUUUUGUUAUGCGGCUGCCCAGUCUUUGUUGAUGUUGUGUUGUGAUUAAGGUACUCAGAGGAACAUUGCGACAAUCGUUAUAGCUGUAUAUUCGUCCCGCCCCUGUGUGUGCGUAUUUCCUGCUAGCUUCAUACCAACAAUCAUUUGCCACUACCUCAUUUAGCUGUUCUCGCUAUCUGCAACUGAAAAUGAUUCACACAAAAACCUGGCUGUCCACAUUUUAUAAAUGUGUGUUUCUAAAAUAUGUCCUAUUCUGUGCAAGGCACAAGAUAUACAUAGUUGCAACCUGCUACAUUUUGUCAUCAUUUGAUGCGUUGAAUAGCUCAAUUUACAGAUAUAAUGCUACAUUGCAAUUGAUAUUAAUCAAAAAUGACUCCUACUAUUAUAGAUUUCUUUUUUACGAGAUAAUUGACCAAACUGCUUUACACACAUUAACAGGUUUUAAAACAUUUCUUUUCAACUGUUUCCUAUCUAGAUUAUGCUUAUCAGAAAGUUCCUCCACUCAUUUUGUUUGAAGUACCUGAAACCGACAACUUGUUUUUUAAACGUGAAAUUCAAAGUUUGAUCAAAAGUCUUGGAUUCUUAUAUUUAAGAAAGCAAACGUAUUCCCGCAUUGUAACAAUGUCAGUGCUUACUAACACUUUUGCCCUUUAGCUUGUGCUUCAUAUU